UAUUUAAUAUUACUAAAUAUAUUUAUAUAACAACACAACAACAACAACAACAGCAAUAAUAGUAACUAGUAACAAAUUAAAUGGGUGAUGAGGAGAAUAGAGAAGUGCCUCUAUUGAGGAGUGAAGAAGAAGAAAGGUGUCCAGGUUGUGUUGUGGAGAAGUUGAAGCAAUCCAAUUCUUCCAUUCCUUUCAAAUAUUUCUUCUUUGUUUUUCUUCUUGCUCUUGCUGCAGCUUUACCAAUAUCAUCUUUGUUUCCAUUUCUCUAUUUCAUGAUAAGGGAUUUUGGUAUAGCAAAAAAAGAUGAAGAUAUUGGUUAUUAUGUUGGUGCAGUAGGAUGUGCAUUCAUGUUUGGGAGAUUUCUUACUUCCAUUUUUUGGGGAAUGAUAGCUGAUCGAUAUGGUCGUAAACCAGUCUUGAUUUUUGGCACAAUUUCAGUGGUAAUUUUCAACACACUUUUUGGGCUUAGUACAAAUUUUUGGAUGGCAAUUUCAACAAGGUUUCUUCUUGGAAGUUUAUGUGGAAUUCUUGGACCUAUGAGGGCAUAUGCUUCAGAAAUUUGCCGUAAAGAAUACCAAGCUUUGGGAAUGUCAAUAAGUAGCACAGCUUGGGGAAUUGGAUUAGUAAUUGGUCCAGCUCUUGGAGGUUUCCUUGCACAGCCUGCAGAGAAGUUCCCAAAAUUAUUUUCCAAAGAAUCUGUAUUUGGGAGAUUUCCAUAUUUUUUGCCUUGCUUGGUCAUAUCAACAUUUGCUUUGGGUGUAACUAUUUUGUGUUAUUGGCUGCCGGAAACACUUCACUUUCAUAAUAAAAAUGAUGAAGAGAAAGAGAGGUCAAACAUUGGAUCAUCAUGUGAUCCCAAUAAAGAAAAUUAUAAUUUGGAAAAAUGUCCUCAAAAACAAAGUCUUCACAAGAAUUGGCCUCUAAUGUCAUCUAUUAUGGUGUAUUGUGUUUUCCAACUUCAUAACAUGGCUUAUUUAGAGAUUUUUCCAUUAUGGGCUGUGAGUCCUAAGAAGUAUGGGGGGCUAAGCUAUUCAAGUGAACAAGUUGGUGAAGUUCUUGCCAUUUCAGGGUUAGCUAUGCUUGUUUUUCAGCUAUUUUUGUACACUUCAAUUGAGAGGAGUUUUGGACCUGUACACUUGGCUCGAAUUGGAGCAGUCAUCACCAUAGUUGUGCUAUCAAGUUUUCCUUUUAUAGCAAAACUAUCUGGACUCACACUCACUCUAUUAGUUGAUCUUGCAGCUAUGUUAAAGAAUGUAACAUCUGUGUGCAUUUCAACGGGAUUGUUUCUACUACAAAAUCGAGCUGUGGGCCAAAGCCAAAGAGGAGUAGCAAAUGGCGUAUCCAUGGCUGUCAUGUCUCUAUUCAACGCGAUCGGUCCAGCUGGUGGUGGUGUCAUAUUUUCUUGGGCACAGAAUCAUCAAAAUAGAUCAUUUUUCCCUGGUGAUCAUUUGGUUUUCUUCAUUCUAAAUGUUGUUGAGUUUAUUGCUUUCACAAUGACCUUCAAACCUUUUCUAGUCUUAGCUAGCUGAUGUAACCUAGUUAGUUAAAGCCUUUACAAAAUUUAGUUGAACUAAUUCAUAUUUUUGAUCAUAAUAAAGAGUAUUUUUCUAGUAA